AUGAAUGAAAAUAAGGAAAUGAUUCAACAUGACUAUCAAACUCAACUCAAGGAAUUCUACGAAUAAACCUAGGAGAUUGUUAGUUCAAUCCAGUAAGGAAUCAGAAUUAAGAAAGUAAAAGACAUCAUCUAAUAUUCAAAGGAUAUACCAAUUCAAAUCAGCAAUUUAAUGGGACAAUUGAAACCUAUAUUAGAAUCUAUCUCGUAGAAUGGUGAAAUUCAAAAAUACAAUUGGCUCCAUUUGAGAUCACUUAUUGUCAUCACAACCAGAGAUAUGUUAUUGAAUAUGCAGAAACUUUAUCCAUACGAAAAGACUGCUCAAAACGAAGGCUUCGAAGAUGAAUUAGAUAUCGUGCUCCAAUUUCUCUGUGUUUUUGAAUAAAAACCACCUUUUACUUUGCAACGAAUAUGCGAAUUACUUAUUGAUCCCUAAAAACAUUACAAAUCAUCCAAGAAAAUAUUGUUCGCCAUGGAAAAAUUAGUAAAUGUAAGUACAUGA